AGAGGUUUCCUAUAUCCCCUUGCUAUUCUAUCUCUUUAUCUGAAAUUAAUUUUGGUCACCAUCAUCACACAAAAUAUAUAUAGAGAGAAACAAAUCCGUUCAACAAAUCAUUCCCCGGUUGUUGUCAAAUCAAUGAGGAUUACUAAUAAAACUGCUGCUCCAACUUAUCAAGAAAACGAGGAUACAAACAGUACAACUACAACUAAUUAUGGUGAUGAACAAGCAGCGAUUAAUGUUAGAAAUACUAAUCAACCCGCGUCACCAACAUCAUCAGCUGCACAAUCCUCCUCAUCACAAUCUCAUAUUCCAAGACAGCAGCAGCAGCAAGGACAAGGGUUUGUAACUUUGGAUCAUCGAAGUAGUAACGAUAUGUGGCAGAAUAAAGAGAUGUCGACGAUGAUUUCAGCUCUCAUCCAGGUUGGAUCUACUAGUCAUCAGCAGGCUCAUAAUCAGCCUAACUUGUUGCCACCGCCACCUACUAAUUAUUACAACUAUGGGUCAUCAUCAUCCACCAGUGGUUAUGUUAACCCAGCAUCAACAUCAUCACCAUGGCCUGUACAGAUGAUGGCUAGUGGGCAGAAGAGAGGACGUGAUCAGGAAGAAGACAAUCAUCAUGAUUAUCAUCCUUCUCAUAUUAGGGCUUACAGAUCAGGGUUUAAUAAUAUCUCUACAACAGCAUCUUCUUCUUCAAAUAUGGCAGUGACUGGUGGUGCAAACGUUACAACCACAACAACAUUGACUACUACUCCAUCCGUUGAUGAUAAUCCCUAUAAGAUAACAACUGCAAGAAGAUAUAGAGGAGUAAGGCAGAGACCAUGGGGGAAAUGGGCAGCAGAGAUAAGAGACCCUCAAAAAGCUGCUAGGGUUUGGUUAGGUACAUUUGACACUGCAGAGGCAGCUGCAAGAGCUUAUGAUGAAGCUGCUCUCAAAUUCAGAGGAAGCAAAGCUAAACUUAACUUUCCUGAAGAUGUCACUAGUCUUCCCAGACCAUCAUCUACUACAGCUACGCAACCAUCAAUUUCUCCUGCAGCAGCAGCCACAACAUCCCAUCUUUUUCGUCCAGCGGUAGUAGUUCCUAAUUCUUCAUCAUCACAGCCAAAUACUCAUUUUUUCUCUACACUACUCUCAGAUCAAAUUAACCACCAGCAGGAAGUCAAUAGAAGAGUUUACAAUAUUCAACAGGAUCAGUACUUAUCUCGAUUAGUAAAUCAUAACAUGUUUAAUCCUUCUUCAGCUCCGCCUUUUGCUACUUCUUAUUCUUCGACAACUAUGUCUUCCUCUGCCCCUGCUUCAGAUCCUACCACAUCUUCACUAUUUAUCCAAAAUCAGCAGCAGCACCAACAAAUGAGGGGUGGUUAUGGCAUGGUGAGACCAUCCACAUCGACGUCUUAUAGUAAAAUUGAUGAUGAUGACAAGAGCGGAAUAAUUAGUGUUACCAAUUCUUCAGCGGUGCCAUUUUGGUCACAUGCAUCAGCUGCAGAUGAUCCAUCAUCUUCUUCUGGUUCUUGA